GAAUGUGACUAGUGAUGGAGUGACGUCACGGACGUUGACAGCUGCGUGUACGUUAGCGUUCGCUGCUCGAAUUUAAUAUAUUAGCACUGUUAAUAUUUAAGUAAAUCUCGCGAUUUCUUGCCUGGAGGGACUCCUAAAGUGUGUGCAUUAUAUGGGUGGUAAAUUCUGUGACGAUUUGAAACAAGGAUUAGUACAUCAUAAUCUUUAAUCUGCACACAUACCCACACGUUUCAAGUAAACAAAAACAAUAACUUCAAAUUACGUGAAUAAGUGUAAAAUUGAACAAAUAAAUAGAUACCAUUGCAAUGGCUCCGAAGUGCAACGCCUGUGGAAGAUUUUUGGCGGCGGUCGAGGCGGUGACGUGCCCGAAAUGCACCGCAAUGAGUCACAGGGCCUGUGUCGGUGUUCCCCCGUCGGCACAAGUGGAUGGCUCGUGGCUGUGUCCCGAAUGCAGAGCCAGGAUGCCGAGGGCCAACGCAGACAGCACCCCUGUGAGACGGGCAGUUGGCAUGCAGAUGCACAGUAUGGACGUGUCGUGCCUGGAAGACCAGCUGAACACCACUGCACUGGAUACCACCAUGGAGAUGCAGACGAUGCACGAUCUCUGCCUGGAUGUCCGCACUUUUCGUGAGGAAAUGAAGAAGGCCAGCGAGGAAUGCAAGGUGUGGAAGGCGGAAAUGCUGGAGCUUCGGUCAUUUAUGGCUACAAUGGGAGACAGAAUGACGCAGCUAGAGGAGCGGAUUGGUGUGAUUGAGAAGCAGGUGUCGUCUCAACAAGCAGAUGAAGGUGCCAUAAAGUCACUAGAGACUACCGUUUCGCAGCUGAAGAGGGACCUCAAUGAGCGGGAUCAGGAGCUGUUGCUUAAUGAUGUGGAUAUCGCAGGAAUACCAGAAGAAGAAGGUGAGAGUGUCCAGCAUCUUGUGUUGGCCAGCGCCGCCAAGCUGGGUGUCUCUCUGGACGAGAGGGACAUUGUAAGCUGCAGGAGGGUGGGCAUUAUCAGGCUGCCAACAGAAGCUGAGCCUCGUCCUCGUGCCAUCACGGUGCGGCUGGCACGGCGUUCCACUAGGGACCAAGUGCUAAAAGCAGCUCGUGUCCGGAGAAGCCUAACCACUGAAGGACUAGGUUUGCGUUCGCCUCCGCGGCCCAUGUACAUCAACGAGAGGCUAACGCGAGAAAACCGACUCCUAUUCAACAAGGCUCGGGAGCUGGCCAGGAAGACCGGAUGGCGGUUUAUCUGGACGCGGGAGGGCCGGGUCUACGCCCGCCGGGAGCACGGCGAGCCUGCCAGGCGCAUCAGGUGUGAGGAGGAUUUGAAAGGGGUUUUUGGAGGGGGACCCGUUUGAGAACCCUAAUCAGACCCUAAAUGCCCUAAACGUACUUUUUCUAUUUGUCUUUCCAUUGUUGUCGUGUCCAUUCAAGUUGUAUUGUUUUUUGUGCUAUUUAAUUUCAAACUACACUGUUGCUUCCACUUUUAGAACUGAGCAGUGUUAUCUUUAUGCCUACAAAUGCCGCGUAUUUUAUAUAUUUAUAAUUUCUAUAUUUAUAAUUUCAUUUAGCCUAUUACAUCCAUUCCGUUUUAUUUACUCAGUCACCAUUCAUAUUAAAACUACAGAACACAACUUAUACACCGAACCGCACUCGCGAAACCGGUUUGUUAUUUCAUCUCACUCGCGUCGCACUACUGUUCGACUUUUGCCUAUUAUCCACAGCUCAACAGCUACGUAUCGAAUAUCGUACAAAAUACGACGUGUGCCGAUCGGUACACACUCAUUUUAUAAUUAUUUUAAUAGAAUCAGGCGCAAAUAAACAACGUAAGCUACAGUUAGGUUUACUUAAUGCUGGUUCUCUCGGUACACGUCACGACGAAUUCAUAGUAGCUGUGGAAAAGCAUCACGUCGACCUACUGGCAAUAAACGAGACGUGGCUGCGUGAGGGACAGGACGCGCGCGCACCGGCGGUGCCGGGAUACAGACUGAGACACGUUCCGCGACCGAGCUCCGUGCGCUCGCGCGGCGGUGGAGUGGGUUUUUAUGUACGCCUAGGAGUGAGCGCGCGGGUUCUGCCCCACCCUCCAUCGGAAAAUGUCGAGCAGAUGUGGUUAUGCCUAACAGUGAGUGGAAAGAAGAUAGUUAUAGGGACUGCGUAUAGGCCGCCGUGGCUGAAUAUUGAUAUAUUUCUCGAUGCGGUGUCUUUGUCAUUGGAAACGUUUACAUGGUGUGACAAUGUUGUAUUGUUGGGUGACUUUAAUGUUAAUAUGCUCAGUGUACAUGAUAAUAACUGUAUUAAGUUAGGUAAUUUUUUGACAUGCAAUAGAUUGGUUCAAUGCGUACAUAACCCAACACAUUUUACGUCACACAGCGAAACAUUGAUAGAUUUAGUUUGUACGGAUAUCAAGGGAUGUAAUAUCUUGAUAGAUCACAUACAAGACUUGGGUAGUCACGCUUUUAUAGUGUGUGAGGUAAAUAUUAAGAAAUUCAAACCAAAGCCAAUCAAAUUGAGACGCCGAGCUAUUGGGGAUGUAGAAGGGGAGUUAUUUAGAGAACAUAUAGUAGGUUUAGAUUGGAGACGUAUAUGUGAAUUAAGUGACGUGAAUGAAAUGGUGAAGGAAUUUAAUUGCUAUAUAAUAAAUAUUUUUGACAUACAUGCGCCACUGAGGACUGUAAAUAUUAAGUUUCAUCAAUAUCCAUGGCUCACAUAUAAUAUUAAAUUGAUGAUGAAACGACGGGAUGAAGCUUGGGCUAGGGCGCGUCAGUCUGGACGCGUCGAGCAUAAGGAAUAUUAUAAGGACCUUAAACGCUGUGUCGAUCGGGCUAUUGACACGGAAAAACGGGUAUAUUUUAAUCAAUACAUUAAUGACAAAACUAAUGAUCCUCGCGUCGUAUGGACGCAUAUAAAACAACAUGUGCGUUUAAAAACAAUGCCUGACAACCCAGGCACUAUUUGCAGUGACCCUAACGUAGUUAAUGGUCAUUUUUUAAAUGUUCCUGGUGAUGACAGCGUGGACAUAUCCCAAUUGACUUUUUUUGAAUAUAAUUGCAUAGUUUCCAAUCAAUUUAAUAUACAACAGGUUAAUGAAAUCGAGGUUCUAAAAAUAUUGAAAAGUUUAAAAUCAAAUGCCGUAGGAUUAGAUGGUAUCUCUCUUGACAUGAUAUUGUUGACUUUGCCACAAUCCCUUGCAACAAUAACGUCAAUUGUAAAUAGGUCGAUCACCACAGGUGUUUUCCCUAAAGACUGGCAGAAAGCGCUGAUUAAACCAAUACCAAAGAAAUUGUUGCCGACCUCUUUGUCUGAUUUGCGCCCUGUCAGUAUUCUGCCAUGCUUAUCUAAGGUUCUAGAGAGAGUUGUGGCAGAUCAAAUGAAGAUAUUUUUGGAACAAAAUGAUAUCCUCCCUCAGAAACAAUCCGGUUUCCGUAAGGCCCACAGUACCGCAACGGCGCUGCUUCA